GCUUUCUCCUUUCUCCCUGCAAGAAACCAGCCUUUCGUUCAACCACUGAUGAUUAUGGUUCAACAAUCUGGCUUAGAGAAAGAGAGAAAGAAAUCUGUGCAGCUCGUGGAUUACUUCAUUGGAUCUUCCCAUUCAUCAUUCCCUUUUAUGCUUAUGCAGAUCAAGGUCGAGUAAGUGCACUUCCGAGUUUUCUGCAUACGCCUCCAACCCAUAUCUUAUGAUGAUAACUUCAACCAAUUCAAACUAGAGUCUUUGACCUCAUGGAAUGAAAACUCUGUUGUUUUGCACGUCAGGCUGAUCUAUUUGGCAAUUUCCACCAUGCUUCACCAGUGGACAAUUUACCGCGGCAUGCUAACGGAUUUUCUUUAGGACUAACUCGUGCUAUUCAGUUUGAAGCACUCUUUCAUUGUAAUGAUAGUAGAAUAGGAACCGAAACUUGCUGUCACCAUCCUUCCACAUGCUAUUACAAUAAGGUGAGCUCUACAAACAUACCGUUCUCAGGAAAGUUUUUGCCGCUAUUCGAAGAUGAAACGGCACUGGGCUCCGACGGCGUCAGACAACGUCCGAUUCUUGAUGGAAAUGCCCUUUUGUGGCAGGCCUAGAAAACCUCGCCCACUGAAUUACUGGCUUUUCUCUCCUCAAUGUCACCCUCAAUAUUACAUGGUCUCGUUCUAAUCUUUUUGAGUGCUAGGUGACUAUCAGUCUUAACUCGCAGUAAAUAUCUUCUCUUCCAAGUAUUAGUUGAGGUUCUUUUCCCUUUCUUGUCUUGAGACUAUCAGCUCAGAAAUUUUUUUUUGUAUGUCAUCUUCCCAUUGUGGAAGCCCCUUCACUCCAUGAUGAUUUGACAAUUUAAAAUAAAGACAAGCAUAUGUCCAAGCCAGCAUCUGCCGGCCAGGACGACAAUUGUCAGGACUGAUCAAUGUGGUCGCUUGUUCUAUGUUCAUGUUUUUUAUCAAGUCGUCGAUACUGAUGGCUUCCAGAGUCUUUCUGCAGAUUUUCUGCUUCUGUAGCUGGCCUCGUUUGCCCUCAUUUCUCGUAGCAUGGUCACCUCCCUCCUUUGAUACUUCUCUUACUGUAGUAAUUAAUGCAACUAUUAUCAAGUGCCUCUCGGUUCAAUUAGAAAUCCCCCAGAAUGCUUCCCGUGCUAAGAAUAAAAAAGCCACCAAGAGUGACACCGUCAGACAAUUGAUCGUCUUGUUGGAUGGGCUGCAACCGUGA